AUGUAAAAGGAUAUAGAUUAAUACACAAGAAAAUUAGAAUUAGAAAAAAAUAUAAAUCAUUUGUUGUUUAAUUAAUUAAAAGAAAAUAAUGAUAUUUAGGAAAAAGUUAAAUAAUUAAAAAAAGAAUAUGAAAAUUAAAAAAAAUAAAAGCCAUAUACUUAAUCUUUAAAAAACAAUAGAAAAUAGUCAAAUACUAUUUUCGAAUAAAUAGAAAAAAAAACGAAAAAUUCAUUAUUUAUAUAGGAAUAAAUAUAUGAUUUAAAAUUAAAAAAUGAUAAAGAAAAAACAUAAUUUUAAAAAGAAUUUGAAACUUUAUAAAGAAAUAAAGAAAAGGUCAAACUUAUAGAUGCUUAUAUAAGUAAUAUGACAAUUAUAGAUAUUGCAUUUAAUUAAAUAAAGGAAAUUACAGGAACUACUGAUAUAUAGGAAAUACAAAAUACUUUUAUAAAAUCUGAAGAAUAAAAUUUUGCAUUAAUUACUUAUUUAGAUGCACUUAAUUAAUAAAUUGAUUUAAUACAAGAUUAAAAUAAUGAAAUUAAUAAAAAAAUUUAAAAUUAAGAAUAAGAAAAUGUAGAGAAAUAAAGAACUCUUUAAUCAACCCCAAAUUCUGAGAAAAACAGAAGAAAAUUGGAAGGAAAGUUAAAAGAAAAAUAAUAACUUAUACAAUAAUUUUAAUCUAUUUUAUAGGAAAUAUAACCUUAUUUAAAAUAAAUACUUACAAGAUUUGCUUAAAGUAUUUUUAAUAAAUUAGAUAAAAAUAAAAUAUUUGAGUAUUAGAAUGGAUUAAUAUUAAAUGAGGUAACUCUAGAACAUUAUUUAUCUGAUUUAGAAUCUUUUAUUAUAGAAUUAUUAAUAAAAAAAGCAAUCAAAAAAAAUAUUCCUUCGGCUUUAACAAGUACAUUGCUUGUAGAAAAUAUACCAAAUAAAGAAUUUAAAUAAAAAAUAAUACAAUCUAUUUAAUAUGAUAAAUAUAAAGAUAAAACUAAUUAAGAAUAAGAAUUAUAAAAUUUUAUUUUAGAUAAAAACGAAUUCUAUAAAAUUGCAGAAUUAAUGAUUGAAAAUAAAAAAGAAAUAAAAAAAGAUAAUUGA